AUGCGCUUCCCGCGUCCAGCUGCAGCCAGGACUGGCAUCCCUUCUGCAAGAGCGCAGGCGCCCCGGGCGCCGCAGCGGCGGUGGCAGCCGCAGGCAGCGGCCACCACCCAGCAGGAGCAGCAGCUGGCCUUGCCCGACGACAUGAACAUGCAGCAGAUGGGACCCGGGUCCCCACACCAGCUGGAGCGUCCCAGCUCUUUGCACGCCGGCGACAGCCAGCCGUUGCCGCACACGCCGCCCAUCCACCUGCAGCAGGCGCCGACGCGCAGCGGCGGCGCGCUGUCCUUAGCGGCUGCUGAGGGUCAGGAGCAGGAGGUGCCCCGCACCCUGCCCCACGCACUGGCCGUCUUCUUCACCCACCCCUCCUCCCUCCUCAUCCUGGCCGCGCUGGCGGGCCUGCUGGCGUGGCGCUGCCACCUGCCGCUGCACGCCGCCGCCGACGGCGCCGUGGCGGCCUGCGUGGCGGCGGGCUGGGCGGUGCAGGAGUGGCUGAUCCACAACCUGCUGCUGCACAGCGAGCGGGACUGGGUCUCCAUCGACGACCCCCCCAUCGUGCUGGCCUUCAUGGCCGCCAGCCUGGCGCUGUUCUGGCUCGCCUUUGGCGGCUCGGAGCUGGCGGUGACGGCGGCGGCGGCCUAUUACAGUAUGGGGCUCGUCUAUGAGUUCACGCACUACAUCGUGCACACCCGCUACCUGCCCACCUCCCGCCUGGCCAAGCGCAUCCGCAUGCACCACCUGCUGCACCACACCAGGAACGAGGCCUACUGGCUGGCCUUCACGGUGCCGCAGGUGGACCAGCUGUUUGGGACCGACCCCCAGCCCUCCAGCGUGCACAUGUCGGAGAUGGCAAAGGCGGGGCUGAGGGCGGGACGCGGCGCCCGCUGA